AUGAAAAACAAUGAAUCUUGCAGGGACGAUGAUGACUUUUGGAAGAUCCUAAGCGAAAGUGAUGAUGAAUACGAGGAGGAGAUCGGGCUGAUAUUUAAGUCUAAGGCGGAGGACAGGGCUUCUGAAUCCAAAGCCUCGGAUGAGACUCCCAGGUUUGACGGUUUGGAUGGAGAUGCGGAGGAGGUGGACGAUGGGAGCUUGGCGAAAACGCCAUGUGAAAGGAUGGAUGCUCCUCGACAAAGUGAUGUAGGGGAAGAGAAGAAUGAGGCCAUCGGAGAAGAACAGAAGCAUAUGGAUUCACAGGAGACUUUCAGCGGGGGCGGGUUAGAAAGUGACAGGAAGGAUAUUGGGAUAGAAGAUGCUUUUAGUGAGGCUCGCAGGGCGAAGGAAGAAGCGGAUGUGCAUUCUCAAUCUAUAGCGGAGUCGGAUCCUAAAAUAUCCUCUGUGGACGAAAUGGAUUUUCUUUGGGAUGACGACGAGGAGUUUAUAGUAGGAGAGAUGGCUAGCAUGGAUUUGAAGGAGAAGGCACCUUCCCGCAGCUCGGAAGAUCCUGAGGCUCCAGCGGACUUGGAAAAGAUAUCUUGCACGGCACUAGAAGAUAGCUUAAGGAACGAGGGGAGUUCUAGAGUUGAUAUCGAAUCCAAAGGAUCUGGUUCCGAGGCUUCAGAUCCUACGUCUUCAUCGAAAUUGCAGGAUUCUAAGAUAGAUCUCAUGAAGCCCAAGCCACUGUCAAGAUUUAUGUGCGGAAGCCUAGUUACUGUCUUUAUGUCCCUACAGAAAAGAUUCAACAUACAGGGAGAGGCUAUUCAGAAUCACAUGAACGUUGCACAAUGGCACAGGCUCGAUUAUGUUAUUCCCGAGAUCAAGCCUUCUAAUUUCCUUGCAAGCCUUGCAAAUGAUAGAGAUGAUAGGUAUCAACAUGUCUACGAGUUGGUUCGGCUAAAAGCUCCAUGCAUUGACAGUAUUUCCCGCAUUGUUUCUGAGGAAAGGCCCGUCUAUUGCAGCAAAGAUAUCAACAGAUCUGUUAGUGCUGAGUGUAUGAAUAGACUUAUAGAGCUGUGCAUCGAAGACCCCGAUAAGGCCUUUGAGUAUGCCAUGGAAAAUGAGAUAUGGGAGCUUGGGACUUUGUCUUCAAGAUGGACAAAAGAUGUUGGGAAUAGGUUUUUGGAGAAGUUCUGCGACAGUUCCUAUGCCAAACUGAUAUCUUCGAUGCUUGGGCUUUCGACCAGCUCUUUUAGGUUUGACGGAGACUGGAAACGAUAUAUUAGAGAGGUUUUAAGUACCAAAAGUGCAGAUGUCAACAACGACUUUAUACUACAGGUUUUUAGUAAUAGCAUUCCCGAUGCAUUGUUUGUGGUGGUGUCGUCUUAUUUUCUUGAGAUUAUCGAUAUUAACAAAUAUCUGUGGAUGUUUAGCAAGAAUUUUGAAGCACUUAGAGUCCUGUGCUAUGUGGAGUAUAUGGGCAGGAACAUAAAGGAUCUCGACAUCCUCAAGUAUGAGUUUGUUUCUGUUGGGGUGGAAUUUGAUAGGCCAAAGGCAGAGGAGUAUUUCAAGACGAAUAGAAAGUAUUUUAGAAAGGAACUUGUGAGCAGGCUUGAGACUGUGCUUGACACGAAGUGGUCUUUUGGGCUUAAGAGCGUUUUUGAUUUUGGAAUUAAGAAGAUUCUCAACGUGGAUAGCCUCGAGGAUGAUCCUACUGAAGCUAGGCCUUCUGUUUCUGAAGAUAUUCCUGAGGAAAUCACUACUAGAGGGUGCCCUCCCAGAAAUGGCAGCAUGCCGAAUACUCCCAACUUUCGCCACAAGGAAAACAUUGUGGUAGCGGGUGAAGAAGAUGGCCCAUCUGAUAUGGAUACUAAGCCUGGAAAGAGCAUCUCACUCUCGAGUAAUAGCGAAGAGGGCAAGAGCCGAUCGAAACAAGAGACUGUGGGGAAAAGUAGUAUGUAUAAGCUUUCCCAAGAGGAGGUUCUACUGAAGCAUGACGAAAGAAAGCCGGAAGAGGAAAACAAGCAAAUAUCCGUUAGCAAUGCAUCCUGCGAAAUUAAGGAGCGGAGCGAUUUGCAUAUAGGGAUGAAGCCGUCAAAGAGUUUUGCAGAUUUUUUUGUAAGUGAUAAGAGAGAGCCUGAGACUAAGAGUGAGGAUGACACAAGCUUGUUUCUCUCCAGGUUUACUGAUAACGAAGAUCUUGAGCAGGAGAAUAAGGAAAAGGCUCCGAAGAAGGGAGGAUCGUUCUUUGGGUUCCUGAACGUGUUUAGAAAGGAGCCUGUUCAUAAAGCAAAGAUUGAUGCUGAUGACGACUUCCGGUAUGAUCCUGUGGAAAAGAAGUGGGUAGUCGGAUCCUCCGCUGAAGACAAGAAGGGAGACAGCCCGGUGCUAAAGCCGCGAACAAUACCAAAGCCGAAGGUUGGGGUGGGAAAGUCUGCCAAGGGAGAGCUGGAUACAAGUGUUACAUCCAUGUAUGCAAACAGGAAGAGUGUAGGAAACAGGAGCAUUCCCGGGGUCUUAGGUAAAAAGGAAUGA